CGGCGGGGCAGGGAGGGCGGCGGGUGGCGCGGCGCGUCCCUCCCGCCUCGCCCCUCCCCGCGGGCGGCGCGGCUCCCGCCGCAGCGCCUCCCCUCGCCAGGAGGGAGCCGGAGGGGCUCUGCCAGCCCGCCGCAGACCUGCCCGGCUGCGCGCCGCGCCCUGUGCGUCCCAGCAGCCGCGGUUGCCGCGCCGAAGGCGGCCGGGAGAUCCCGGGACACGCAGCUCCCCGCAGUCCUCCCCGAGCGUCCCCGAGUCCUGGUCCGCAGGCAUGGCUGUGCUCCUAGCGGCGGUGCUCGCGUCCUCGCUCUACCUGCAGGUGGCCGCCGACUUCGACGGGAGGUGGCCCAGGCAAAUAGUAUCUUCAAUUGGCCUAUGUCGCUAUGGAGGCAGGAUUGACUGCUGCUGGGGCUGGGCCCGCCAGUCCUGGGGACAGUGCCAACCUUUCUACGUCUUAAGGCAGAGACUAGCAAGGAUAAGGUGCCAGCUCAAAGCUGUGUGCCAACCACAGUGCAAACAUGGAGAGUGCGUCGGGCCAAACAAGUGCAAAUGUCACCCUGGAUUUGCUGGGAAAACCUGCAACCAAGAUGAGCCCUUCCACCCAACUCCUCUCCACCAAGGCAGUGAACAGCCUCUUUUCCAAGCCCCGGAUCAUCAAGCUACAAGCGUUCCUUCAAGGGAUUUGAACGAGUGUGGCCUGAAGCCGAGGCCCUGUAAGCACAGGUGCAUGAACACGUUCGGCAGCUACAAGUGCUACUGUCUCAACGGGUACAUGCUGAUGCCAGACGGGUCCUGCUCAAGUGCCCCAACAUGUUCCAUGGCGAACUGUCAGUAUGGCUGUGACGUGGUCAAAGGACAGGUCCGAUGCCAGUGUCCUUCGCCUGGCCUGCAGCUAGCUCCCGAUGGGAGGACCUGUGUGGAUAUUGACGAAUGUGCAACCGGAAGAGUCUCCUGCCCCCGAUUUAGGCAGUGCGUCAAUACGUUUGGGAGCUACAUCUGCAAGUGUCAUACUGGCUUCGACCUCAUGUACAUUGGAGGCAAAUAUCAGUGUCACGACAUUGAUGAGUGCGCCCUUGGGCAGCACCAGUGCAGCAGCUAUGCUCGGUGUUAUAACAUACACGGGUCCUACAAGUGCCAAUGUAAAGAUGGCUACGAAGGGGAUGGACUGAACUGUGUGUAUAUCCCCAAAGUCAUGAUUGAACCUUCAGGUCCAAUUCAUGUGCCAGGGAGGAAUGAUACAACCAUAAAGGGUGAUGGAGGACAUGCUAAUAGGAUUCCUGGUGCUGGAAGUACUAGGUGGCCCCUGAAGACACCAUAUAUCCCUCCUGUCAUUAUAACCAGUCGGCCUACUUCCAAGCCAACAACAAGACCCACACCAAAUCCAACACCACAGCCUACUCCACCACCCCCGCCACCCCUCCCGACAGAGCCCAAAACAACUCCACUACCCCCAACCCCAGAAAGGCCAUCCACCAGACCCACCACUGUAGCACCUGCUACCAGUACCGCUACCCAAGUAAUUACGGUUGACAACAGGAUACAGACGGAUCCUCAGAAACCCAGAGGAGAUGUGUUCAUUCCACGGCAGCCGUCAAAUGACCUUUUUGAAAUAUUUGAAAUCGAAAGAGGAGUCAGUGCAGAUGAGGAAGCAAAGGACGACCCAGGUAUUCUCAUACACAGCUGCAAUUUUGACCAUGGACUCUGUGGAUGGAUCAGAGAAAAAGACAGUGACUUGCACUGGGAGCCAGUCAGGGACCCAGCAGGUGGACAGUAUCUCACAGUGUCUGCAGCCAAAGCCCUGGGGGGAAAAGCCGCCCGCUUGGUGUUACCUCUCGGCCACCUCAUGCAUUCAGGGGACCUGUGCCUGUCCUUUAGGCACAAGGUGACUGGGCUGCACUCCGGCACACUGCAGGUGUUUGUGAGAAAACAUGGCACCCACGGAGCAGCCCUGUGGGGAAGAAAUGGUGGCCAUGGCUGGAGGCAAACCCAGAUCACCUUGCGAGGGGCUGACGUCAAAAGCGUCAUCUUCAAAGGUGAAAAAAGGCGUGGUCACACUGGGGAGAUUGGAUUGGAUGAUGUGAGCUUGAAAAGAGGUCGCUGCUGAGAAGACCACUGGCAGCUCCUGAGCUAGCAGUGGAUUGGUCACUCUCCCUCGUCUCCCAGUCCUUGCCUUCUCCUCUCCCUCUCAUCAGGCCUAGGGCAGGAGUGGGGCAGGAGGAAGGCUGCUGCUUGGUGACUCAGGUCUUGGUGGCCUGUUUUUGUGCAAUCCCAGUGAACAGUGACACCCAAGUACAGUACCUCCAGGCCCUUCUGGGUGGUACCCUCUACCAUUGUCUUCUUUAGGAAGGCCCUCGGCAUGUGUGACCCAUGCCAUCCUCCAUGCUGGUUAUAGAGUGGGCCUGCUAGCCAAUUACGGGGAGACGUUUUCAUUCUGCGCAAAUGGUAUUCUGUGAUCUGUCCAGUGUUGUACCAUGAGUAGUAUUGACUUUGCUUACAGUAUGAUGUACAGCGUGCUUGUGAAACUAGUGUACCUUUCUCAUGUCACUUACUUCUGGCCUGCCCUCGGUUCUGACUUCUACUGCCAUACACUUUAUAACGGAAGGGUGUGCAACAUAUUAAGAUGCAUUUAUUCUUGUAAACUGUGUCUUUCUGUUAAAGACAGUUGUAUAGGGUGGAAUAUCUGGUUAGUAGUACUGUGUUUGUGUAAAUGUGCUAUUAAUAGAAGUAUUUACGUGUUCCUAAUAUCCACAGACUUUAGUUGCAAGGUCAAAGGCAGCUUAUGACCCCCUGAGUUAACAAAAAAAAAUACAGUGACCUGUUGUCAUCUAGGCUAUGACCCUAAACUAACAGUAAGAAAAUUGGCAAAAGUGUACAGCUUGGGGUAGUGCGAUGAUGGCUUUAUUUCUCUGUCCUUGAGUUUGAUCUAUAUAGAAGAAAGUAAACCAUUAAAGGGAAGGGAGGACCUGCAGUUAAUAUAUAAAACCCCAAUGUUUCCAGUUAUACUUUAAACUAACAGCUUUCCACAUUGUUACACACCUCCACCAGUAAGAAGGUUUGUAAAGAUUCUGUUGGGGGGGUGGGUGGAAGACGAGAGGAAGACCCAGGACCCAGGCAUUUGUAAUGGGCUUUAAAUUGGCAUGGUUUCCACUAGCAUAGCUCACAGCUUACAUGUUACCUGAGGCUGGGCAGGGAAGCCGGCCUUUACAGCAAAGUGAUGCUCGUGAUGACGGAACCAACACUUGCACAGUAGAGGAGCACAAGAUUGGAAUUUUAAUAUCCACAGGGCCCCAACUGCGUCUCCUCCCUGUCAGACCUCUGUAUUAAAAACACAUAACUUUAAAAGAGUCAACUUUCUCCUUACGUUUCUCUCCCUUCUGAUUAAGUAAUCAAAAUAUUUUCUGCUGUUUUUGCCAGGAGACACAAAGAUGAUUAAAGGGUUGGAAAAAAAGAUCUGUGGUGAAAAGCUAAAGGGACUGGGAAUGUUCCGUCUGGAGAAGAGAAGACUGAGGGGCAGACCGUGGGGGCGCUUCCAGGCUGUGGAGGGUUGGCAUCGAGAGCUUGGAGAGCAGCUAUUCUCCAUGUGUCCUGAGAACAGGACCAGAGGAAACAGGCUAGAGUGUGAGGGGGCAUUUCCUGGCAGGGGCAGUUGCUAAGCCCAAUCCUUUACAAAAAAAAGAAGUGUGAUCAUAUUUAUCCUCUCUCCUCCUCCAUCCCUCCCUCUUUUUCUCCCUCCCUUUACUUCUUCCUUUAUAUCUCUCUCUCUCUCUCUCCCUUUCUGUUCUCUUCCUCUCUAUCUUCUCUCUCCCUUCCCUCCAUUAAAAAAAAAAAACCUUCAUAAAAUGUUAUGUAUUUAACGUGCACUUACUUCCAGGUAAAGUACCAGACUGUGGAAUCUAGGAGACACUUUGGUCCUCACUGUGGUCCAUGAUAAUGACAAUCCUCAGAACUGUGCAGGGAGCUCUAAGUUAGGCUUCUGACCUAGACCUCCUCCUGGAAAGGGCUCUAAAGGAAAUGUCUAAGCUCACUAAAAUGAUCUUCGCUCAACCGCCAACCCAACAGUAUUAAAAGAACAAAUCCCCAAAUUAUUUUUUCCUGGAGAGGUUGUAUCACACAGGUGCUAUCGUAUCUUCAUGAUGUCCUAAAAUUGCGGUGUUAAUGAUGUUUUAUUCCUGGGUAAGGGAAUAAAGCCCCCAUGGUUUGUUCUGUCGUAGUUGCUUAGACUUGUUUUUCAAGGAGACCCCAUGAAACAUGAGGUAGAGACAUUUUGUCUGGUGCAUUGCCUCUGGUGUGCAUUGACAAGUUAAAAUCGCUACUGAAGGUGUGUCAACCAUGCACCGUUAGCGCUGUCCCUCCCCUCCCCCUCCCCUCCUCCUGAGGCUCAUUUUCCCACCAGGAGCCUUCCAGGUUCCACAAGCUGGUAACGAAAACAGGUCCAAGUGACUUUGCCAUAUAGCUCAACAGAUGCAGAGGCUUCUGAAGCAGAAGUGAAGAACACCUAAGAUGUUCUUAGAUCCAUUUUUUUUUUUAUGAUUCAUUUCCUUUUUGGCCAUGUAACUGCACACAGCUCAAGAAGAAAGGGGGAAAUAAUUGAGAAUUUCACUCUUGGGUGCCAAUGAGACAUUGCACUACACUGAUGGAGGACGUUAUCCAAAGUACUGUAUGACACCUUGUUUCUUAUUUAAUGUUUUCUAAGGUGAAACAUGUUUGUGGUUUUCAAAAUGGACAAAUAAAAGCAAUCUUUGUAAAUAAAAACACCAUUAAUACCGUUA